CCAUCGUACUGUAUAUAUAAUACCCAUGGAUCAGACGUCUACGACAGCAGUGACAACGAACCAUCAUCGGUCAUCGACGUCGGGAGGCAAUGGAGGACUCCGUGGUGGCGAUCUCUCGACGUGCUGCUUCGGGAAUAUGAUGGACACGCUCUUUGUGCUCGGCCAGGAAUCCCGGCUGCGCAUCCUCCAGCAAGCAGCGUCGCGCGUCCCCGCCUGCGCCUACAUCUGCGUCUGGGGGCCGAUCCCAGCCGGCGGCCGCCGUCCUCCCCCUCCUUUCGCUGCCGCCAACAGAGCUCGCCGCCAGCUGUUGUGCCUGGACGCAUGGCUCCGCGAUGGCGGCAGUGGUGACGUCGACCGCGCGCGCGCUCUGUUCGACGCAUACCGGGGUUCGCUCUGCGCGGCCGUAAGCGGGUGCGUGCCAGGGUGGGCUUACGAGGACGGCCGGGCAUACAUGGAGCUGCCGGAGCACGACCUGGCGACCUCGGCGUCGUCGCCGGUGCAGCUGCAGUUCUACCAGGAAGCUGGCAUUAAGGUGGCGGCCUUCAUGGGAUGCGAAAGCGGCGAGAUCGAAGUCGGCAUGUCAACGCCGGCGGGACAGAUGAACCUUCAGGCCGGCCUCGACCAGAUCUUCUCGGAGAAUUUCUUCCAGCAGUCGCUGCUUGAGGAGCUGCUCCAACUCCCGCCUACGCGGCCGUCGUCGUCCUCCUCCUCUAUGCCGUCCAUCUCCGUCGGCAGCCCGACAGACGGCUCGACGUCGCUGCUGCCCACAAUGGCCAUGUCAUCGUCCACCACGACGUCUCCCCGGGAACUAACGGCAGCGCCUCUUCUACACCCGCCCCGUCCGCCGCAUCCCGCGCCAUUUAGCCCGCACGGCCCUGCCCAUGUCCACGGCCACGUCCACUUCCCGAGCCCCGAGGCUGACGACGUCGCGAUGGCGCAGGCCAUGCUCGCGGUCAUCUCCGCCUCCUCCUCCUCCUCGUCGGCUAUGCCUCCUACCACGUCCACGCCUCCCCUCGGCUACCGUCGCGCGCAUCGGUCGCCACGCCGUGGCUCGACGACGACGGCGUUCCGGGCAUACAACGCGGCGCUGGCGCCAAGGGCGCCGCGGCGGGCGUCCGACGCGCCUGGGCAGCGGAUGAUCAAGAUGGUCAUCUCUAUCCUGAGGAGGAUGCACACGCUCAACAACAACGGCCAGGAGCGCACCACGGGGGUGGGGGCGGGGGCGGGGGCGACGACGCAGCGGUGGCGGGAGGAAGACGAGGAGGCCGCGGCGCCCACAGCCCCGACGAGCAGCCAGCUGCACCAUAUGAUAUCGGAGCGGAGACGGCGGGAGAGGCUUAACGAGAGCUUUGAGGCGCUGAGGGGGUUGCUUCCUCCCGGAUCAAAGAAAGACAAAGCUACCGUCCUGGCCAACACUUUGGACUACAUGAACAUUCUGAUAGCCCAAAUUUCAGACCUCCAAGACAAGAACCGAAGCCUCGAGGCGGCGGCGCUGGCGCAGUUCCAGCAACACCAACGCAUCACCAACGGCAACUCCAGGGACAGACCAGACCAAGCAGCCCUUCAAGCAGGCGGCGCGUCAAAGAGGGUACAAGUUGAGGUUGCCACUGGCAGCGCCGGCGCGUCAACAUCGUCCUCGUCCUUCUCGGCGGCGCAGUGCUGCGAGGUGACCAUAAGGGUGGCGGCGGCAGGCGACCUGUCGGAUCUAGUGGCCCGCGUGCUGGCGCUGCUCAAGGACACGGCCGGCCACCGCUUCACAGUGGUCGCCGUCGACGCCAGGCAGCCGCAGGGCACCAGCGACGGCGGCAUUGCUCAGGCGAGCUUGAUACUCCGAGCUACGGUACGCGCGGCUGCCGGCGAAUUCGACGAGGAGGCGUUGAGGGAAGCCGUGACGAAGGCUGUCGUUAGCCUGGCGACACCACCGUCGUCUGACGAACUUUGACCCGCCGACGGUCCGCAUCGGCCCAAGUAGUCGCUCGUAUCAGUUUGCGAGACGGGGACCAAGCCGACGCCGAAGUAUGCUCAGAACUGGACUGCAGAUUACGGGCACACCGCCACGGCGUUUCAAUUUCUGUAACCUGCGCUCGUGGAGGAUGUUUUGUAACUGUAUUCUGCAAUUUUUCUGGAUUGGAGACAGAGUGACUCGAUUAGACCUUGCUUGCUUUAGGCCCUGUUUGGAACCAUUCAAAUUAUAUAAUUUGAUUUUUAUAAUC